AUGUAUCCCGAGCGUAGGAGGACUUUUUAUCGUCGUAGACGUGUACCAAGGAGGAGAAGGACUUAUAGACGUAAAACCAACUUCAUGAAACGUAUUUAUAAAGGUAUCAUUCAUUCAGAACAUAAGGAUAACCAUGAAUUUAAUUUGGGAACCAAAGGGAUCUAUACUUCGAACUUAUGUUGGAACUGGCAUUCCUUUCUUACUGGUAGUAUCAAAGCUCAAGUAUCUCACUACAUGAACUUGUUCGAUGAAGUGAAGAUUAGACAUGUAACCCUCACUUAUUGGUUACGUAAUAAUGGAUCCAAUUCUCUUACUAAUGAGCAACCUACCGUCACCUCUACCUAUGAUCCUGACGCUCAAGGAAGGGUGAUGUCUUUAGACAACCAAAAUUGUUGUCCCAAUACUAGGGAGAAGUUGAUUAGGUAUGGGAAGAAGUAUACCUUAAAGAUGUAUCCCAAAUUUCAACCUAAACUGUCUACUGCCAAGUCUGUUGCUAUUGGAGGCGGCGCUAGCAAACGUCGAGUUUGUUUACCUUAUGACGUCAUUUGGUAUCCUGUUUGA